AUGAAGAAGCUUUCCCGAAAGCUGACGGUAGCUGCGGCUGCGCUGUUCUGGGUCGCGGCUUUGCUCUAUUUGAUUCUCCUGAACAGUCGGAAAAUACCUGAGCAGCACGACAGGCAGGAAGAGAAGGAGGUGAGUGGAAGAAUAUCGAAUGCAGAAUGGGAUGAUCUCUUGGAUGAGUUUGAAGAGAAGAACUAUCUCAACACUCACAGGUGGAAGCCAGGCCAAGAUCCCUACAGUCAGUAUGCCUUUAAUCAAAGAGAGAGCGAGAGGAUCUCCAGCAACAGAGCACUUAAAGAUACCCGACAUUACAGGUGUUCAACACUGCACUAUGACCCUGAGCUGCCACCCACCAGUAUAGUGAUCACACUGCACAAUGAGGCACGAUCCACCCUACUGCGUACACUGAGGAGUGUGCUGAACCGGACGCCCGUUCAUCUGAUCCAUGAGAUCAUCCUGGUGGAUGACUUCAGUGAGGAUCCAAAUGACUGUCUUCUGCUCACCAAGUUACCAAAAGUCAAGUGUCUUCGAAAUAAACGAAGAGAAGGGUUGAUCAGGUCCAGGGUUCGAGGGGCAGAUGCUGCUGAAGCAGAAAUCCUCACCUUCCUCGACAGCCACUGUGAGGUGAACAAAGACUGGCUGCCUCCACUGCUCCAGAGGGUCAAAGAGGACCCAAGCUGUAUCGCCAGCCCAGUGAUUGACAUCAUCAACAUGGACUCAUUUGCCUACAUUGCUGCUUCCUCAAACCUACAGGGUGGCUUUGACUGGAGUCUCCAUUUUAAGUGGGAACAGCUAUCUGCAGAGAAGAGAGCAAAGAGAGUCAACCCCACAGAACCCAUUAAGACACCCGUUCUUCCUGGAGGGCUCUUUGCAAUCAACAAAUCCUGGUUCAACCACCUGGGGAAAUAUGACACAGCCAUGGAUAUCUGGGGAGGAGAGAACUUUGAGUUGUCAUUCAGAGUGUGGAUGUGUGGGGGAAGUCUGGAGAUUGUUCCAUGCAGUAGAGUUGGCCAUGUUUUCCGCAAGAAACACCCAUACAUCUUUCCAGAUGGCAAUGCCAAUACUUAUAUUAAGAACACAAGACGUACUGCUGAGGUGUGGAUGGAUGAGUUUAAAAUCUUCUAUUACUCUGCUCGACCAGCAGCCAGGGGCAAGUCCUAUGGAGAUGUUCAUGGUAGACAAGAGCUAAGAAAGAGUCUGAAAUGCAAAUCCUUUCAGUGGUACUUGGAAAAUGUCUAUCCAGAGCUCAAAGUUCCAGAUAAUUCACACUCAAAAUCUGGAGUCAUCCAGCAAAGGCAGAACUGUCUUGAAGCUCAGCAAGCUGAGGGACAGGAUGUUCCAGUGCUCAUGCUUGCCCCAUGCAUCAGCACCAAAACUGCCAACCAGGAGUGGAUCUAUACACAUGGACAGCAGAUUCGCCAACAGCACGUCUGCCUGUCUGUCUCUACCACAAUGCCUGCCGCACAGAUUCUGCUUGUGCCCUGCAAUAUCAGCGACAGCAAACAGCGCUGGCAGAAAGCAGGUACCCACCUGGAGCACCAGGUAUCACACUUCUGUCUGGACAGUGAGAUGGCUCUGGAUGGUGUGGACAGCAGUAGGAUGUUGGUGAUCAGCCCAUGUGAGCUCUCAGUGCAAACACAGAGAUGGGAAAUGCCUUUUUCUUGA